AUCCAGCGUUCGCCUUCGGUCUCCAUUGAGCCAGAAUUUUCACUGCAGCGUCGCAUUGGAUUGUCCCUGGCUCCUUGAAGCUACGGUGAUCUGCCAAGCCCUACCUUCCAUCACCGUCCCAUGUCUCCUGGAAAGCUUGCGGGAUCCGCCGCCAUGGAACCCAGGGUCACAACCGGGCGUUGCCUGAGCAGUUCUCAGUGCAAUAUAUAGGGCGUGUCCACCGUUCGUUCCACCGGUCCCGCGGCGUUCGUUUUCGAGCUGGGUUUUCGCCUUUACGUUCUCUUGGAUAUCCCCAGUGCCUUUUUCUCACGGCUGGUCCAACGAGGGUUGUGAUGCCACGGCGAAUGGUCACUUGAAAUGUCGUCCAUCAGAAGCGCGCGUGCCAUCCUCGGCCUGUGCCUUCUGCUAACUCUGUGCAAUGUUGCCGCUGCCGCCGGGUCCAUGUCCCUCCUGGAGGCCAACGCGGCCCUGCCAGAUUGCGCACGGAGCUGCUUGUUGACCGCCAUAAGCCACUCGACAUGCAACAUAACCGACGUCGAUUGCAUCUGUUCCAACCAGAGCCUCAACGCCAACGCAACGGCAUGUAUCAGAUUGGGCUGCGAGGUUAAGGAUGCCCUUGCCGCCAAAAACAUUACCUCGCAGCUCUGCGGUCUGCCGGUCGAGAAUGGCCAGGGAAACGUUCCGGUCUACGCUGUUUUCAUUGGCCUCGCCAUCGUCGCCGUCAUACUGCGUAUCAUUGCCCGGAUUGUGACGCAGGCGUACUUUUGGUGGGACGAUUUUUGCAAUUUGUUCGGCUUCAUCGGUGCCGCUUUGUUCGCAGCUCUAAACAUAUGGUCCAUCAACCUUGGGCAGGGGAUGGACAUGUGGUUUGUUCCCUUUGACAACAUCACCAGGAUUCUGCAGCUUUUCUACGGCGAGAUGCUUCUGUACACGCUUACACGCUUCUUCGUGCGAGCCUCGAUCAUCCUCUUUUACCUCAGAGUCUUCCCGCCCAAGGAUAACAACAAACUCGGCCGUCUCAUACAGUACACCAUGGUAUUCAACGUCGUGUACAACCUCAGUUUCUUCAUCGCCGUUCUAUUCCAGUGCACGCCGAUAUCGCUUUUCUGGACAAGCUGGGAGGGCCAUCAGGAGGGCUACUGCGGGAACGCCAACAUUCUGGUGUGGGUGGCAGCUGCGACGGGCAUUGUUUAUGAUCUGUGGUUGCUGGCGCUGCCCUUCCCGCAGUUGCUGGCACUGAACGUGCACUGGAAGAAGAAGGUCAUGGGCGGCAUGAUGUUUUGCGUUGGUGCUGCCGUCACAAUUAUCUCGCUGGUGCGCCUCAAAACCAUCAACGAGUUCACCCGAACCGAGAACCCAACCAAGGACAUAGUCGGGGUAUGCCUCUGGUCAGGCAUCGAGCUCGAUGUCGGUGUCAUCUGCCCCUGUCUCCCCUCGCUCCGCCUUCUCCUCCGCCGGCUGCUGCCCCGCGUGCUGGGGACCACGGGAAAGUACGAGAUGGACCCCGUCUCCAACGCUACCGGCAACAUGCGGAGCGCCGCCCGCAGGAGUCAGGGGAAUGCCAAGGCAAUGGCCGUAGGGGGGACAACGGCGGGCGGUGUUACUGACGCUGGUAAUGGAGGUAAUCGGCAUUCUGGUCAUGGACUUGAUGCUGGGGGUCCCCGGGCGGUGGAUAGAGACGACUCCCAGGACGGCAUGAUGCAUGAUGGGCGGAGUUGUGACAGUUUCAAGGGCCUUGUUGGGGGCUCGUCGGAUGAGGAGAGUCAAGGGCGACGGGGGAAGCGGUGAAUGGGUACUUAAUCGAUAGCUUAAGUGUAUAUGUAUACCUUUCUAAUCCUCGUUUGAGA